CUCACAAGUUAAGAGAGAGCGGCUAAGUGAGCAUUAGAGCUGAGACUCCGGUAUGAAGCGGCUGAUCCUUUUGAUGCUUUGCCUUUGGCUGGCCAAUGGGUUGCAAAGGGUGCCCCUGAGGAGACACAAAUCCCUGCGGAAAAUCCUGAGGGAGCAUGGGCAGCUGUCCAAAUUCUGGAAGGCCCAGAAACUGGACAUGAUCCAGUACACGGAAGAUUGCUCCGCCGUCCCAGAAACUAAUGAGCCACUCAUCAACUACCUGGAUAUGGAGUAUUUUGGACAGAUUUCUAUCGGGACCCCUCCUCAGAAUUUCACAGUGUUAUUCGACACUGGCUCCUCCAAUCUCUGGGUUCCAUCCAUCUAUUGUGUCAGCAAAGCCUGUGCUGUGCAUUCCAGAUUUCACCCAUCAGAUUCCAGCACCUACAGUGAAGUUGGGACUCCCUUCUCGAUUCAGUAUGGGACUGGUAGUUUGUCAGGAAUCAUCGGAUCAGAUCAAGUCACUGUUGAAGGCAUCACUGUCAGCAACCAGCAGUUCGCAGAGAGCGUCAGCGAGCCAGGAAACACUUUUCUGGAUGCUGAGUUUGAUGGGAUUCUUGGACUGGCCUAUCCAUCGCUGGCUGUGGAUGGGGUUACCCCUGUGUUUGAUAACAUGAUGGCACAAAAUCUAGUGGAUCUGCCAAUAUUCUCAGUCUACAUGAACAGGAAUCCGGAUUCCUCUGUUGGGGGAGAACUAUUAUUUGGUGGCUUUGAUCCUUCUCAUUUCAGCGGGACUCUGAACUGGGUACCAGUCACUAAACAGGGAUACUGGCAAAUCCAAUUAGACAACAUACAGGUGGGCGGGACAGUUGCUUUCUGUGCAGAAGGAUGCCAGGCGAUAGUAGACACCGGGACCUCUCUCAUCACAGGUCCUUCCAAAGAAAUAAAAGAAAUGCAAAAUUAUAUUGGUGCAGUGCCCACGGAUGGCGAGUACGCCGUGGAAUGCAACAACCUGAAUGUGAUGCCUGAUGUUACCUUCACCAUCAAUGGGAUCCCAUACACGCUCAGUCCCCAGGCCUACAUCCUCAUGGAUAAUAGUGACGGCAUGGCAUUCUGCACCAGCGGCUUCCAGGGGCUGAACAUGCAACCACCGGCUGGGCCACUCUGGAUUCUGGGUGAUGUUUUCAUUGGCCAGUUUUACUCGGUCUUUGACCGUGGAAAUAACAGAGUUGGGCUGGCACCAGUUGUCCCUUAAGGCAGUGUUUCCUAAUGGUCAGAGUAAGGCCGUGGGAGUCAGUGUAGAGCUUGGUUCUAUUCCUGGCUCUGCCACUGUGUGACUUUGGGCAAGU